UCCAAAUUCACAGGGUUUGGACGGAUCUCUUUUUCUUACGCUGCCCAUCAUGUCACGCCGCCCCAUGUCACUGGAGGUAGCGAUGGCCAUCCUGAAGCCGCCGGCCCUCGACCCGUCGGUGGAGGGCCCGGUCGCAGCUGACGAAGGAGUACCAGGCCGCGGCGAAGGGGUCCAAGCUUCGGUCGAAGAGGCACCAGCGCCGCGCCCUGCACGGCCCGGAGCAAUUCCGGAUGUACAGGAGCUUCUGGAGGACUCAGAGACCCCAACGGACCACAGGCCUAUGAUGCUCUUGUUGGCCAUGGUGGUGCUGAGCCGCGGCGACGCCCGCGCCACUGCCUCUCCACGGCGUCAAGCCGCGCGGGCCGCGCUGGGUGGUGCAUAG